AUGCCUAUUCUCCCAGAAACCCUUGACGGGUCUUCACCGUUUUCGCAACCCGAAGCCUUAGACGACCAAGAUCGAAUUGGGUCCGAAGCCCAAGACGAAUACAGCGUUCCUGCAGAAACCCUUGAUGGGUCUUCUCCAUCUGAAGAAAUGUGCGAGUUGGAUUUGGUUCCUGUUCUUGAAACCGAAAACGGGGCUUCGGUUCCUGAGUUGCAGUGCUUAGAACAACUGCAAGAAGAUGACCCAACAUCGCCUCCUCCUGUCAAUGAUGACAGUUUACUGAAUUUUGAGUCGAAUUCGCAUUCGGAGUCUUCGGGGCCUUCUUGGUCUCAGUGGCCUUCAUCAGAGUCUAGCAAGCAGUCAGUGGCUUACUCUGAGCCGUAUACGGUCGAAGAAUCCAAGAUCUCUAUGGUGGGUGCAGGGCUUUAUAAUCUCGGUAAUACGUGCUUUAUCAAUGCGAUUCUGCAAUGCUUUACGCAUACUGUGCCCCUCGUGGAGGGUCUGCGUUCCUCCAAUCACCCGUUGCCUUGUGAUUGUGGUAGUGAAGGGUUCUGUGUUCUUUGUGCUCUCCGUGAACACAUUGAUCUUUCAAUAGUUUCCUCAGGAAGGGCACUUUCACCAUCAAAGCUUGUUGAUAAUUUGAACCAUUUCUCAUCUUAUUUCCGAAGAUACCAGCAAGAAGAUGCCCAUGAGUUCUUGCAAUGUUUUUUAGAUAAACUAGAAAGAUCUUGGUUGGAUUCUGAGAAAAACAAUGAGACUUCAUCUUGCGAAGAUAAAAACAUUGUGAACAGGGUGUUUGGUGGCAGUCUUGUUAGCAAACUCCGAUGUUGUAGCUGUGGUCACUGUUCUGACACUCGUGAACCUCUGAUUGAUCUGAGUUUGGAAAUCGAAGAUGUUGACUCUCUUCCUAGGGCUCUUGAAUCCUUCACUAAGAUAGAGAAGAUAAAUGACUCGGAGACAAAGUUUACAUGUGAGAAUUGCAAGGAAGAAGUGUCAGUGGAGAAGCAGCUUGUGGUGGAUGAGGCCCCUCCAGUUGCUGCAUUUCAUUUAAAGAGAUUUAAAACUGAUGGAAAUUAUGUGGAGAAGAUUGACAAACAUGUAGAAUUUCCUUUGGAGUUGGACUUGAAGCCCUACACCAGUAGCAAUAACAGUGACGUGGAAUUGAAGUAUGAACUUUAUGCAAUUGUGGAGCAUGUUGGCUUUUCAGCUACUUCUGGGCACUAUUUUUGCUUUAUUCGUUCCUCUCCAGAUACAUGGCAUAGGUUGGAUGACUCAAAGGUUACUAGGGUUCGAGAAGAAUUUGUUUUGUCACAAGAGGCAUACAUUCUGUUCUAUGCCAGGCAGGGUACUCCCUGGUUUUCAAGUUUAAAGGAAGGGCAGAUGUCAUGCCCGGAACUACACAUUAUGAAUACAUCACCCAAGUCAGUGCUAGAUCCUGUUGAUGACAUCUUUCCUGUGAAUAUUCCUGAGGGGUGUACUCCCAAUGCUCCCAGAGAUGUUGGCCAGAAAAUUUCUACUUUCUUCCGCAGAUCAAAAUGUCAGGAGGUCUUGGUUACUGAUACUGACACCAGAGAUGCGGCUGAUAAACGUUGUGAACAGAUUGAUGGAUCCAAGCAUGAUGCUGCAGGUUUUGAGGAGACUGAUGAUAGUACACCUAUGGUUACUGCUUCAACCUCAGUUGGUGCAAGUAAAUGUUUUACUGGAACUUCACACAACAAUGAUAAUAAUGAGAAUAUAUGCAGUAUAUCCUCUCGUGGUGGUACAGAUGUACAUAUGACGUUUGAUGAAGUCAGAGUUGCUGGUUCCCCUCCUAAGACACCACCCAGAUCUCGAAGUGUAGAUGGGAUGUCUUUUGAGUCUACUCCAGAACCAAAAUAUCGUAUUCCACGAGAUCAUCUGAAGUCAGCAGACAAUGUGAUCUAUAAGAGAAGAUCAAGCAAAGUUAUUCCUCCCGUGGAUGAAAAUCCAAUGAGAAAGGAAGCUAUCAGGUAUCUUUCAAAGUCAAGAAGUGCUCCCAGGGACAGGAGAAAUCAGCUUCUUGCUGCUAUCGCGGAGCCUCCAGAGGGUAUGAACAAGAAAAGGAAAAGAGUGGGGAUCAUGACCAUGUAA